UUCAAAAGAGUUCGACGGUUAUCAAAAGACUAAAGUUCUUCAUAUCGCUUCAAAAAUGAGAAAUAUCGAUUACAGCCAUGCGUGACGACAACAAAGAGUAUUUUAAAACUAUAAAUGAUGCUCUUUGAUAGUAACAAGUCUUUGUAUUUCUGACAUUAGAUCAAUAAGAAUAAUAAAUUCGCUAAUAUCUUUUCAUUCUGAAAAUGCAACAACAAAAGCCGAGUUUCCAUUUGCCAUCAAUCAUCACCAUCAAACGUAAGAUAUUUCGAGCUAACAAGGAUGGUAUUUUUCAACAACCCUGACUGGCGAAUGGGGAAGCUCCUGCUCUGUUCUUUUGGUGCCUGGCCGUCUCAGUCUUAUCGAACUCGUCGAUUUCUCAGCAUUUCUACCAUUUUCAUCGUCCAGAGUAUUUUUGUUCUCGAGAUAAUUAAAUUGGUGACAGUCUGGAAUAGUAUAGAAAUGGUAACAGAAUGCCUUCCUAUGUUGUCGCUGCACAUUGUCGCUAAUAUAAAAAUGUCUAAUUGUUUGAUUAAUUUAAAAAAGAUAAAAGUAUUACUGAACCACAUCGAAAGUGAUUAUCAGUCAGAUUUAUCAAAAUCUGAAGUACGAACCCUGUUGCAUGACAGACAUUUUCAUAAAAAAAUAAUAACUGUGUACGUAAUUUACAUUUAUGCAAUCGCUGGAGCAUUUGCGGCAAUUCCAGCAAUCACAAAACUUUUGGAUAUUUUAGUGCCACUAAAUGAGUCUCGACCGAAGCAGUUUUUUUAUCAAGCCGAAUAUUUUGUCAAUCAGGAUGAAUAUUCGACGUAUAUUUACAUUCACGGUUAUCUGACACUGCCAUUUCCGAUGACUAUUUGUGUCGCUUAUGACUUUCUUUACUCAGCUUGCGGUCAUCAUGUCUGCAGUAUGUUCAAAAUUACUGGAGACCGUUUAAAAAAUAUUGAUAAUAUUUCUUUGGCGGAAGGAGAAAAUUUUUUUAAAAAUUCUGACCAACAAGACAAAAUUUAUAAAUCAUUGAUCGAAUGCAUUAAAAUGCAAAAAUUAAUCCUAAGUUACAUUGAUUGUUACGAACGGAUUUUUUCUAUAAGUUUAUUCUUAGUAGUGGGAGUUAACAUGUUUUCUUUGUGCUUCACAAGUUUGCAGAGUUUAAUAAUAGUAAAUCAACUAAGCGACGCUUUUUCAUACAUGUUUUACGCUUUUGGAGAACUGGUUCAUUUAUUCCUCCUGAAUUAUCAAGGCCAAAAUAUAAUAAACCACAGCGAAAAUUUUUAUAACUCUGCGUUUCAAGCAAAUUGGCAUAAUUUUUCACUGAAGUCUAAAAAACUUUACAUUUUAAUUAUUAUGAGAAGCUCCGAUUUUGCGGCAAUAAGGGCCGGAAAAUUAAUUAUCAUGUCCUCUAACAGUUUUAGCAGUAUACUUAAAACUUCAGUGUCAUACUUGAUGGUUUUUAAUUCCCUCCGAUAAUUAAAGUGGAAAUUAAAUCUUAGAUAUUAGAUUAGUUAGUUUUAUACCAAUAAAAUAAAUUUAG